GUUGUGCGCUGGUCGCUGUCGAAGGUGAACCGCCAGCUGUGGUGUGGCGGCGGGUGCGUUCUGUGUGAAGCCGAGGGUCGGUGGCGUGCCUCGUUGCCGCCUUUCGAAAGUCGGUGUGCGCGCUCCUCACGUGCUUCUUCUUUCCGUGCGGCGUCGUUGCUGUCGGAAGACGACGUCGCUAUGCUGCUCUCCUUCGUCCGUUUGUUGUGCGCGGUGUGAAAAGGAAGGUGACUGAUUCGUUCGUCGUCACCGUGUGUGGAACGCGAUGUAAUCUUGCCAAGCUUCAAAAAGUGUUUGCCUCUGCGUACCUGAUCUGAAAAAAAAAAAUUCUUCCUAUCUCUCUCUCUCUGAGAAAGUGCAAGGAACGAAUCCCCAGGCUCGCGAGAAUCGCAUCUAACAAUGCUCCCACAACAAGCAUUGUAGUAACUUUCGUUUCGACGCUCAGGAUAUACGGAACGGAAGCAUCGACUUUGCGCCUGUGGAAGUCGCGCGCCCGUCUCUCGACGCACGCGGUAACGGAAUCCCAUCUUCAAGGAAACACCAACGAAGAUGCUUCCGCGGACUCUGUAGGAAGUUGCCUUCGUCGCUGUUGAUAUACAGAACAGAAGAGAGCAUCUUUUUUUUCUUCCCAAGCGUCAAGAGACGAAAAGCGAUGAAGAAAACUGCUGGUGGGUGAGGCGCUAAGGCAAAACUUGGCAAUCGACGUGUGCGCGUAUUGUGUUGUGUUUGACCAAGUUUCGGUUCUUCUCUCCUGGUGUGCGUGUUUGCGUUCUGGCUACACGUUCGUUUCUGUGGUGCGAAUGGCAACGGUUGCGUGAGCCCUGCGAAGUUGUGCUUCUCCGUCGGAUUCUUUUCGCCGUCCUCCUUGAAGAAGAUGGGGACGAAGAACUUUGUCGGAUGUGCAGGACGGCUCGUCGCGCUCUUCGUCGGCGUCGUAGUCGCUACAGGAACACAGCAGCAGCAGCAGUGCGGUUUCCCGGGCAGGCCGGCGUACGGCCGCAUCAGCCUGAUCCGGGACUCGUAUGAAAAGGGCCAGACCGUCUCCUACACGUGCGACUCCAGCUUCAACUUGCUCGGCCAGAGCACGCGCCAGUGCCUCGACAACGGAACCUGGUCCGGAGCGCUUCCCGUAUGCGACACAAGCCUGACGGUACAGCGCAUCCCGGAGGCAUCUGGCUACCUCUACGCCUAUCCCCCGGGGAACGCGCUGGACGGCUCCAAGAGCACCUGCUUCUACACCACCUACCAACCGCCCCGGUGGUGGCGCGUAGACCUGGGCGCCGCCUACCACGUGCUAUCCGUGGCACUCACGGUGCCACACGUCAGUUCCCGGCAGGACCUCGAGGUGCGUGUCGUGAGCUACGAGGGCAACAAGGCUGUGUUCAACAGAUGCGCCGCAUUCAGUGGGAAGUUCUCGACCCAAACGGUGGUCCUGAUGUGCGACGAAGGCAAGGGCAUCAUCGGCCAGUACGUCGACGUCGCCGACAAGCGCAAGGACCCCGACCACUUCAGCCUCUGCGAGGUCGAGAUCUACGUGCUCAGAGAGAAGUACCAGUGUGGGGACCCGGACAAGCCACCCAAGUCGUACACGGUACCGCUGUCACCGCAGCAGAUGGAGUACCGCUGCGUGUCCGGAUACAAACUGUCCGGCCCGAGCGUCCGUACCUGCCUCGAGUCUGGACAGUGGUCAGCGGCAGCCCCUAGGUGCCUGGAGGCCGCAUGCCCCUCCCUGGGUCCCCUAGACAACGGGAAAGUGGCAGUGCGAGGCACAAGCAAUGGCCGCACCGUGCAAGGCAGCCAGCUCAUCUACACCUGCGACCCUGGCUACAUCCUGGAGGGCAACGACACCCGCACCUGCCUCGAGGACGCCCGAUGGGGAGGACAGCAGCCACACUGCCAGCCCGUCACCUGUGAUGUGCCAGCAUUCGAAGUCGAUGGUGGAACAUACACACUGCUCAAUGUGUCCACGAAUUACGGCGACUUAGCUGAGCUCAACUGCCACCUCGGAUACGAAAGGCAGGGUGGCCCAACUACCAUCAUCUGCCAAGAGGACGGGAUGUGGAGCACGCCUCAGGCCUCAUGUAUUCUCAGACAAAUGAGGCAAAAACUCAAGAAGGAGCUACCAGGAGCAUCGAGCGACACAAGCUCAACACUCACCGGUGAGUAUGGAGCCACAUCACGCCUGGCAUUGCUCAAAGGCAUGGUGGCAGCUAUCAUCGCCAUUGUGUUCCUUUUCCUGCUUUCCAUGUGUAUCCUUCUCAUACUCAAAAAGAAGAAGUACUUUUCAAGGGCCAAGAGCCAACCAGCGAAAGUGCCCAGCACUGGCCUCACAGCCAACAACGGAAGUGCCAACAUCUCAUACACGGACAGCAGCGGAACCAUCUACCAGAACGAGGACUUCUACAUGGAGAUACCGCUGAAGACUGCGCAGCAAAAUGGCUCGACCGCAGCCGCACACAAUAACAACCACCUCACCAACGGCAGCCAUCGGGCGAGCCUCAAGGCCGAAGGAAGCGGAGACCGCCGCAAGAGCCUUACGCCGAGCCGCAAGAGUUCCCUCUCGUCGAAAGAGAACAUCUACGAAGAGAUUGCCUUGGCUUCCAAGCAUCGCAGGCUCUCUUUUGGAGGUGUCACGUCCAUCACGACGGGCCCGACGCCCAGUGCAGGAGUCACCGUCGUCCACACGGAACUGCCGUCCACAGCAGAUGAAAAUCAGGACGAUCGGGAGUCAUCACCAGCACUGUAUGCCAAAGUUGAUUUUGAUCAGAAGAGGAAAUCGCGGCUUAUCAAGGAGCAAAGUGAGGACUUGUCGAACAAACCUGCCCCACCAAGCGGCGUCAAGUUACGUGACCUUCCUCCUAUACCACCUCCAGACGAGGACGAAGACUACCACCCCUCGGUGGCCAUGUCUUUAGUCGGUGCCGUGGCCCCGCUGGUGUCGCUCGCGCCUCACGUCGUGGAAGGGGACAAUGUUUACGUGGACCACCCGCUCGGGGCGGAGAUCGUCAGGGGGACGUUGCACACUGGAAUGGUGGACAAUGAACUCUACGCCACAUCAGGACACAGCUAGUGCCCGUCGUGCACUCCCCCCCCCCUUCCUCAAAACUGUGCACCAAGUGUGGACAACAUGUGUUGUGCGUCAUUGUGAGGAACAAACACUUCUUUAUCUCAGGGCAUGACUCCCAUGGAAGCAGUAGGCAUUGUAAGGUCAGCCGGCGCGUGGGAAUGGUACAGACGUCCACGCUCUUGCACUGGGCACUUGAGUAGUGCGCUGAAUGGUGGAGAAAGGUACUAUAUUGUUGUGUUGCUGCUUGGUUUGAAUGACAGUGCUCGUUGACAGUAGUAGUCACCUGAACCACGUAAGUCACACAGUCUUCAGCGUGGUGUCCUAAACAUAGUACUGUAGCUGCUUUGGUAAUACCCUUUAUUUGAUUUGCAGCACGGUGCUUAAGUGUUCUAGGCAAGGGCACGGAUGACUGUACUAGAUGGUCCUACCUUCAAGGCUGAGCUAAGGCCAUGCUCAAUUGCAAGCGACUCUUCAGUUGAUCCAUCAAAGCUUAAAGUGAGAAUAGCAGCGAGAUAGGACACAGAAAAAAUCUGUUGGUAUCUACACCUCUCUUUGUUUUCUGUGUCCUGUCUCAGCAUAUGGCACUGUAUGCGUCACUCUUUAUGUGUCACGUAUUGGCAUUGUUUUUGCCAGACGUGUACCAAUUGGCACACACACACGCAGUGUUGCAGACCAGUCAAAGGUUUGCUGAAUCUUGAAGUGUGACGCAGUUAGUCUUAAGCAUCAGCUGUGCAUCUGGAAUGCUACUAUACAACGAAAGCACAUGCUAUUAUCGAAAAAUCUGUAAUGUCUUAAGAACAUGUUACUUGUGCUAGUUGGUCGCAAUGUUUUUAGAAAACAUGUGCUGGAAACGCUCAAUCGUGGGAUUUCAAAACAAAGUCAACCAACAGAUAUAUAAAAACAAAGAAUUCAUUGCUUUCACAAGCACAAUGGCAUUAACCAUAAAGAAGUAAAAAAGCAUGCUUGGAAAUUUCCCGAGGACUGAUGAUGCCACCUUGAGACUGCAUUGUUCAUAACAUGGCCAUCUAAAUC